CCGCGGUCACUAUCAGCUUUCAGUGAUUGGCCGACGCAUUCCAAGUUGUCGCGAGCCCUACUUUACGGAUAGAAUGGCUAUAGGUUAUACUCCGAUUGUGUAAUCAUAUUUUAAGGUCAUUAAAGUGCACUGGCUCAUUUGACAAAUUCUACAUGCUUAUAAAGCAGUCUAGCGUUAAAUAUCAUAUUGCGGUUAUAUUGAGAAAUGCACCACGUGUCUUCGCGUGGCAUUUGCAACAAUGACAGAUGAUGAAACUGGGCGAAUUGAAAUGAUGAUCCUCCCUCCCUUUAGCGUUCAGGAUAACUCCAUGCUCGACGCAAUGGAAGACACUUUGGAGAAAGCUGACAACGUGACCUUUGAUUAUUUACAAGAGUGCGUUAGUAGCCUCGAGAGUAAAGAUUCCGGAAUUACCCUGUCACCUAGAUCGCUUGGCGCGUCAAGCUCUGAUCUACAAGUAACGAAUAUCGAAGAUCGUAAGAGCAUUGGACCAGAUUUUUGUAAUUUCGAUAUAAACCUUAUUAAGGUUGGAAAUUUAUUUCUGCAGUCAGGGGAUGACAAUCGCGAUGACACAGCAGUUUAUUCUGUAAAUAAUGAUACAAAGAAAGAAGGUUCCGAAAGGUCAAUAAAAAAAUUUGAACAAGAUGCUGUGGAUAGCGGUAACGUUAAAAACAUGACUUUUUUAAAUAUAUUAAAUCAACAAGAAAACUCUACUUUUAUAGACAUUUAUAGAAAUUUAGAUUACUCGAGUCCCUUACUCGAUAUAGGGAAAUCAUUGAUAGAACAAGAGACAUUAAAAAAAACUCGAGGAAACGAUCGUUGCAUCGCCGAUGAUAAAUAUUGGAACGACCACGUUCGGACUCAGUGUGAAUCGAAUGCAAGUACCAAAAUUAUUCUUGAAAAAAAAUUUCGAUUGAUACGCUCGAAUUCCGACGAUAAGACAUACGAAUGCCUGGCUAAGUGCGCACAGUGUCCAAUGACUUUUAGGUAUAAGAGACACUUGGAUCGUCACUUGGAAGGUCACCAGAAAAAUAAUUGUCCACGGUGUAGUGCAAAGUUUGCAAGAAAAAAACACCUCGACGUUCAUUUAUUUCGAGCACACGGUGAAACAGCUUUGAAGCAUCCACAUUCUUGUGACGUUUGCUAUCGUGGUUUCCCUAAACGCAUCCUGCUCCAUCGUCAUAAAGCGAAGCAUCACGGUCAGGAUGGCAAAAUAUCCUCAAUUUGCAGCGAGUCGUUACCUGCUGAAACCCAAGCGAAGGAGCAGGGAGAAAAACGAUUCCACUGCGAACUAUGUUCGCAAUUCUUCGAUCUCGAAGAAACGUAUCGUCUUCAUUUGCAAAAUCACAACAACUUUAAGUGCUCUCAUUGCGGAGUCGAACUUGCAUCCAAAAAGAAAGUGGAGGAGCAUCGUAGAACGUGUCACUCGUCUAAGCCAAAAGAUGCGACGGUCAAGUCAAACGGUUUAUAUUUUUGCACCGACUGUCAACACGGAUUUGUGAAAAAAGUGACAUAUCAGCGGCACUUGGACACCGUCGUGCAUCGCAGCAAAUCGAACGAGGACGUUCCGUCGAAGGAGACUUUCCCCUGCCCGAUUUGUCCGAAAGUAAUGAGUUCCCGCAGAGCGCGCGAACAGCACGUCAGACGUGUUCAUAAAGACGAAAAGAGGUUUACUUGCGACGUGCAUGGAUGCGAAUUUCAAUCGGCGAGUCGUAGCGACUUGGACAGACAUCGGCAGCUCCACAUCGAGGAACGAAACGUGGUAUGCGAUCAGUGUGGAAAGGCUUUCACCAGCGUCAACGUGCUCAAGGAUCACGUGCUUUACAUGCACAGCAAGGAAAGGCAGUUUGUCUGCGAAGAGUGUGGCAAGUCCUUCAAAAGGAACAGCUUGUUGAAAAGGCACAAACUUUCGCACCAACAGGUGCGGCCGUUCGCGUGCAUCGAGUGUAACUCUGCUUUCAAGAGAUCUCAUCAUCUCACCAGGCACCUCGAGACGUGUCACAAAGUCACCCUGGAAAGAAAAAAAAUGGUGAAGCUGAUGAAGACGGAAGGAGGACACCUGGUACCGAUCCCGGAGAAGCCCAAGAAGCCGAGACCAAAAAGGCCUAAAGCAAAGAAGAAUCCUCCGACGACAGUUUCAUCGAAAGAGGAACCAAAUGGUCCUUCCGAGGCACAAAAUUUCGUAACGUCGACAGGAGAACGAAGCGACUCGACCACGGAGAGUACGGUACUCGUGGAGGGUCCGGGAGGGUCUCUGGAAUCCCCCGGUUCGUUGCCAACGGGCGAGUCGACGCCGCGCGUCGUCUCGUUGGUAGGGGUUAGUUCCGGUCAAGUGGUAACCGUCGAAUUAACUAGUCCCACCUCGAUGCCCAUAAACGAUUUCAUGGAUCAAUUUGAAGGUAACUGUAGCGAAAUGCUCGAACUCGCUGGUUAUCACGACCUGGAGUUUCAACAGGAAAUCCUGAGUACGGAUCAAAGUUAUUACGAUCACGACGGUUACUCGGAAUUGCCUUUGGAAAGUGGGGAGACUUCUUUGUUGUUGGACUCAAACGGUGUCAAAAUGGACACCCUGCCUGCCAUCGAGAACUACCUUACGCAGCCGUUUUCACCGUUUUUAAAUCUUUAAAAUUAUCAAACCAUCGACUUAUACGUACGUGCGAUGCUAUUGAGAUUUGUUAUACGAAACGUAGGCGUUUAGAAUUAUUUUGUUGAUAUUUUAGUUCAACUAGCAAAUGUAGAUAUGUACAGACCUUAGUGCAAAGACAAAAACAGAACAGACAGAUAAAUCUUCAACUGCACCUUCAAGGUUGGUUCCCAGAUCUCCUAGAUCCGUUUCAUAAUUUUUAUUAAAUAGAUACAAAUAUAACAAAAUUUUUGUUCCGGAACGCACGUGGAAUGUCUACGAUUAAAAAUACGUCUGCAAGGACAACCUGGUUAAAUUAUAACGGACAAGGAACACAACGGCUAUUUUAAAAUCUCGGGAAAAUAAGUAAUUCACAGCCAUUUCGGAUUCUUGGUUUUUUGUCAAAUAUGUAGAUAUCCGUGACUGGUCUUAGAUCAAGGUCUCACCUUUUCGUGCCAUCGUCUUUAACCUUUUAACUGCAGAAUGCUCAGAAAAGAAAAAUUUGUCAAUCGUUCGAUGCUGUGGUUAAGAACGAAAUAUAAUUUAGACGUUCGUUGCA